AUCUUUUAGGGAUAUUUGAAAUCUACUGCCAAGCAGGCAGCCACCGAGAAGCAGGAAUGCAGGCAAUUUACAAUGUUUCUCAGUGUUCUAGUCAUCAAGACAGCCCACGCCAACACUACCAAGCUUCAAGAGUCUACUAUAUUAUGGCAGAAGAGGUAGAGUGGGAUUAUUGCCCUGAUAGAAGCUGGGAACUGGAAUGGUAUAACACGUCUGAGAAGGACAGCUAUGGUCAUGUUUUCCUGAGCAACCAAGAUGGGCUCCUGGGUUCCAAAUAUAAGAAAGCUGUAUUCAGGGAAUACACUGAUGGUACUUUCAGAACGCCUCAGCCAAGGUCUGGACCAGAGGAGCACUUGGGAAUCCUGGGUCCACUUAUCAGAGGAGAGGUUGGUGAUAUCUUGACUGUGGUGUUCAAGAAUAAGGCCAGUCGACCAUAUUCUAUACAUGCCCAUGGAGUUCUAGAAUCUAGUACUGGCUGGCCACAGGCUGCUGAGCCUGGUGAGUUGGACCACUUAGUAGAUGGACAAAGGCUUUGUAGUCCUUCUACUUCUGGUUUAUUCCUUUAAACACAUUACAUUCUUGGGCUGGGCAGGUAGCUUAAUCAAAGGUAGAGGCAAUUAACUGGUGAAUUAGAGUUCUAGGAAGGUUUUCUUUUGUAUUUUCAGUAGCUCCUGUAAUAAUCUGUCAUGUACAAGAUAAUCUCCUUUUGUUCUUUUCCAAGUUACUUAAAGUGUAAAUUAGGUUAUUUAUUUGUACUAAUAUGUAACUUUUUGAUUACUAUAAGGAAAUACCAGAGAUAAUCUACUUUACAAAUGAGAGGGGUUUAUUUGGCUCACAGUAAUAUAAGUAUAAAGUCUGAGAACCUCAUUCAGCAAUGACUUUGAAUUUUGAGACAGUACAAACCAUCACAUGAUGAGAAGAAAAUGAAUGUGUGUAUGCUUGUCUAGUCUCCUCAUAAAGCUUUUCCCAGUGUUCUACCCUAAUAACUUCCCCAAGAAUCACAUCUCUAAAUGCUAAAGCUGGAUCAAAUUUGUACCAUUUUACUACUUUACAACAGGAUGUAAAUUUCAAACCUGGGGUGCUAUGGGACAUCAAACCAUACCUGAACCAUAUCUUUAUAUCUUUCUCCCAUUUAAUGUUGAUAUCUAUAGCUAUAAAUGUGUCAUUUGUUAAAUCUCAUGAAGGUUAUUUUUUUUUCAUUGUAGGAUAUUCUUUAGUUGUCUUUAUAAUUUUUCUUUUUUAAAUUUAUUUUUCAUUAUUUUUUCAAAUUCUUAAGGUUUUAUAUUAUGUACAACACAAUAUUUUAUAAAUACAAUGUCAUGUAAGUAUAUACUGUUCAUUGAGCAUAUUUCCCUGCCUAUAUCCCCUCACUCUUCUGUCUUAUCCUUCCAUUCAUUUGUUCUUCAGGACAGUUUUACUUAUACUUUUAGGUCAUAUAUACACACAUGAUUUUUAUGUAUCUCAAUAAAAGUCUAAGUAUGAUAAAUG